GAGCAACCUCGCCAGACAAGGAAGUACAGAGAAUACAGACAUCUUGCAAACAAGGAAAUGUUUGGCUAUGCUUAAAAUGAUCACUUACAAAUAAAGUAAAUAAAAGGUUUCUCAAGUAACACAUGAGCAAGGCUCCACAGUCUAUUACUUCACACGACAAAAUUCUAACAAUCACUUCCACUUUUUCUGCAUCGCUCUGUCAUUAGGCUUCUUGGGAUUUUGUUAUUUCAUUUACCUUCUCCAGGCUCCAGCAAAGUCGACCCAACUACCCAAGUGAAGCUUGUUGAAGGUUUGGGAAAGAUUGCUUACUGAGUCUGGUGGUGACCAAAUGAGACUAUGAAUCAUUGGUUAUGCUUGAAGAGUCAAUUGGGAUUUCAAGAUUUUGCUUUAUUUAGGGUUGAAAACUACACGAAAAUUGAAACUUCCCGAGUGUUUUCAUUAUCUUGAGAGCAAGACUUCAAUUUUGACUGCUGGAAACUUGUUUUCUUGGAAGUAUUUGAUGGUUCAGAAGGAUCCUAAGGCCUGGAAUCCUCUUAAUUUUGGAUCUAUGUAGUUUUGGUUAUUGAAAUUAGUUGCAAUAUGAUUGUGCUUCAGUCUUCUGGAUAAACGAGAGAUAAUUAUCAGCUUGCUGCUCUAUAGAGGUCAAUAUCUAUCCGUCUGAGAGGAUGACAAUUUGUAUCUGACGGACAACUAAGCUGUUUAUUAUGGAUAGUGGAAAUAACUAUUCUUUAUCUUAUGACUUUGUUGCUUCUGAUCUUUCAAAGGGGUCGAAUAGUCUCAGCUUACCAUCCCCUGCUGGCUAUGAAGUAGAAACCAAUCUUGAAUUGUUGAGUUUGAAUCGACUCAGUUACAGUCUUGAAAAGCUUUUGCUUGAGGCUGAGUAUGACCACAGUGAUGCAGUGAUAGAAGUUGAGGGAACCCCUGUGGGUGUUAAUCGCUGUAUUUUGGCUGCACGGAGUCCAUUUUUCCAUGAGCUAUUUAAGAAUGGGAAUGGUUGUUCUGUUAAGGAAAGUAAGCCGAAAUAUCUUAUGUCAAAAUUGGUUCCUCAUUACAGAAUUGGACUUGAAGCAUUCAAUGUUCUCUUAACUUAUUUAUAUACUGCAAAGCUUAAGCCAUCACCACCUGAGGUUUCAACGUGUGUUGAUGAAUCUUGUACUCAUGAUUCUUGUCCUCCUGCUAUUAAUUAUGCUGUGGAACUGAUGUAUGGUUCUGCAACCUUUCAGAUUAAAGAACUUGUUAUGCUUGUUCAGCGCCGUCUUAUUGACUUCGUUGAUAAAGCUUUUUCUGAAGAUAUCAUUCCAAUUCUUGCUGUAGCCUUUCACUGCCAAUUAGAGCAACUUCUGUCAUACUGUGUCAACAGAUUAGUGCACUCGGAUUUAGAUGAAAUCGUGCUCGAGAAGGAGCUUCCUCAUGAAGUUCUAAGUGACAUUCAAUCACUUCGCUUUGAAUCCCAGAAAGCUGGUGAGCAUGCUCUGGUGAGUGUGGACCCCAUGAAUGAAAAGAGAAUUGGAAGGAUUCACAAGGCAUUAGACUCUAAUGAUGUUGAAUUGGUGAAGUUACUUCUGGAGGAAUCUAGCAUCACACUUGAUGCUGCUCAUGCUCUUCAUUAUGCUGCUGCCUUUUGUAAUUAUAAGGUUGUGAAUGAAGUGCUCAACUUAGGUAAUGCUGAUGUAAACCUUAGGAAUUGUCGAGGGUACACUGUGCUUCAUGUAGCUGCCCGACGUAAGGAUCCAUCAGUAAUAGUGGGGCUGCUGAACCAGGGUGCGUCAGUAUCAGAUACUACAAAUGAUGGACAGACGGCUGUUAAAAUAUGCCGGAGGCUAACCCGGCCAAAGGACUAUAACGAGGCAACAAAGGAAGGCCACGAAACUAAUAAAGAUAGGUUAUGUAUUGAUGUGCUGGAGAGAGAGAUGCUUGGAAAUCCACUGGCUGAUUACAUGUCUAUGUCAUCAAUGAUGGUGCCUGACGAUCUUCACAUGAAUCUGUUGCUUUUUGAAAAUAGAGAUACGCUAUAUUUCUUUUUCCCAUUGAGAGAAUCAUCUAUUGCUAAAUUGAAUAAGAAGCAUGCCCCCAUAUUCAGGAAUAAAUGCUCCAUCGUGAUUAAUGAACUCCUGGAACCUAUCAAAUUUGGUUCUCACUUUACAGUGGCAAUGGCACGAGCCCUGUUUCCUCUAGAAGCCAAAUUAGCCAUGCAGUUAGCACAUGCAGAUUCUACCUCUGAGUUUGCUGGCCUUUCAGCAUCCAAAGGCACAUAUGGGGAUUUCCGGGAGGUGGAUUUAAAUGAAAUACCAUCUGAGCAAUUCAAAAGGCUUCAGCUGAGGCUGCUAUCGCUGCAAAAGACUGUGGAGACAGCUCGACGCUUCUUUCCCAACUGCACUGUAGUUCUGGAUAAGCUCUUGGAGGACGAUAAUAUAGGUGCUCUGUUAUUGGAGAAGGGCACUCCAGAGGAACAGAGGAUGAAAAGAAUGCGCUACAUGGAACUCAAGGAAGAUGUGAUGAAGGCAUUCAGCAAAGACAUAGCUGAAAAUAACUGGACAAACAUAUCAUCGUCUUCCUCUUGCUCGUCUUCUCCAAGGAUGGGUAAAAUUCACAAGGUUAGGAAAAAAAAUUGCUAUUAAGCUAUCUUUUUAACCUUAAAAAUUAGAAAGUUUCUUGUAGGUACCUUAAAAAUUGCUCGUCUUUCGUGCUUUCUUAUUUAUCUCUUUGUGAAGUACCUAGUGACGGGAAGCAUAUAACUUGUAGCUAAAUGCUCAUUGUCCUGUAAUAUAAUGUGUUACAUUUUGAAUUUCACUUGGCAAGAGUUGAAAUGAAAGUGGAUUAUUUGUUAAGCAAUUUUGAAUUC